AUGGCAACGGCCACGCCCCCGACCAAAGCCACGCCCCCUGUCCCCGGCCACGCCCCCCCGCAGGCGGCGCGGUCGCAGCCGGGGCGGCCCCGGAGGGACCCGGGUUCGAGUCCGGGCUGGGGCGGGGGGGGCCUGGAGCCGGUGGUCUGGCACACCGGGAACCGGCGCUUCCUGGCGGCGGGGGGUUACGUCCUGUACCCCCAAAUCGGCGACCGCCUGGACCUGGUGUGCCCGGGGGGCGGAGCCUACGAGUAUUACAAGCUGUACCUGGUGGGCGUGGCCCAGGCCCGGCUCUGCCAGGUGCCCCCCGCCCCCACCCUGCUGCUCACCUGCGACCGCCCCCAGCGCGACGUUCGCUUCACCAUCAAAUUCCAGGAGUUCAGCCCCAACCUCUGGGGCCACGAGUUCCGCCGGAAGCACGAUUAUUACAUCAUCACCACGUCGGACGGGACCCCCGAGGGUCUGGAGAACCGGGAGGGCGGGGCCUGCCUGACGCGGGCGAUGCGCGUCACCCUGCGCGUGGGACAGCGCCCCGGGGCGGAGCCGCCGCCGGAAGAGGAUUGGACAGGGGGCGGGGCUUGUUCCAGCCGCCCUCCCAUUGGCUGCGAGAAGCCACGCCCACCCAAAAAGGGGCGGGGCCUCUCCGCCCACGGCUUUUUCCAUCGCUGCAAUAUGGCCGCCGCCGAGGGGAUGAACCGGAAGUGA